AUGGCUAUGAUAACUUUACUUCUUGUGUGCUUCGUCGGAGCUGCAUAUUGCACAAAAGGCGGCUAUGGUUCAUAUGGCAGCGGUGGUGGUGGCGGCGGUGGCGGCGGUGGAGGAUUUGGAUUAGGUGGUGGCGGCGGAGGCUUGGCAUUACUAUUAGGAGGAGGAGGUGCAGGAGGAGGCGGAGGCGGAGGAUGGGGUGGUGGAAAAGGAGGCUAUGGUUCAGGAUAUGGUGGAAGCAGUGGUUAUAGUGUUGGUUAUGGCAGCAGUGGAUACGGUGCUGGAGGCAGUGGUGGUGGACUCUUAACAUUAGGAGGAGGAGGCGGAGGAGGAGGCGGAGGAGGAGGCGGUGGAGGAGGAGGAGGAGAAAACGGAGGUUAUGGAUACGGUGGUGGAAGCAGCGGAGGAUACAGUGUUGGGUAUGGAGGUGGUUGUGGAGGCGGCGGUUGUGGCGGAGGAUUUGGAUCAGGUGGUGGUGGCGGAGGAUUGGUAUUAGGAAGAGUUGUAUCUGUGAUUGGAUCUGGUGGUGGUGGUGGUGGCGGAUCUGGCAAUGGUGGUUCAAGUGGUGGAUAUGGAUAUGGUGGUUCCAGUGGUGGAUACGGAUAUGGUAGUUCCAGUGGUGGAUACGGAUAUGGUGGUUCCAAUGGUGGAUACGGAAAUGGUGGUUCCAGUGGACCUGCAUUUAUAGUUGUGUCAGGUGGAGGCUCCGGAGGAGGUUCCGGUGGCGGCUCCGGAGGAGGUUCCGGUGGCGGUUCCGGUUGGAGUUCCGGUGGAGGUUCCAGUGGGUCAAGUGGAAAAGGAUAUUAUUAAACACGUUUCGUUCGACAGGACUUAUGAUGCUUAUUAUGUUUGAUACAUAAUAUAUUUUCUCUUUUUAGACUACAAUAAACAUAUAUUCAUGCAGAAAUCAAACGGUUAUCUUUAUGGCUAGACCAAAUAACAUACAUAGA